AUGGACGAAUUAGAACGCCGUCGUAUUGCAUGCCUAUUGGAUGACAUAAGUGACGAGGAAUUGUGGGGUGGUACAUCUUCCACUGACGAAUGUUCACCCGAUGAACAUUUUGAUGUAUUAGAAACUUCGAACCACGAACAAUCAGGAGAAUCGACCGAUGAUGAGAUUCACAAUGAUAUUCAACAAACACUAUCAGCAGAUUGCGAAUCUUAUCAUGAAUCUGACGAUGAAAUUCCACCAAGUAUGCGUGUAGAGUGUUUUUAUGGAAAAGAUGGGACAAAAUGGAAUCGUCGUAAGCCAAAUCUGAGAACAAAAAAUCCAAGUUACAAUAAGAUAACUGAAAAACCAGGUGUGACUAAUUUGGCAAAAAAUGCAAAAACUGAAAUUGACGCGUGGUAUAUUUUUUUUACGGGUCCUAUGAUUGAACAUAUAGUGUUCUGUACAAAUAUAUAUAUCGAUAAAAUUAAGUCAAAUUUUACCAAAGAAAGAGAUGUAGCUCAUACAACCACACGGGAAAUAAAUGGUUUACUUGGUUGCUUGUACAUGAUUGGUACAAUAAAAUGUGGUCAUAGAAAUGCUCGGGAUUUGUGGAAAUUAGAUGGAGUAGGUGUAGAUAUUGUAUCAUGUGUUAUGUCAAAAAACGGUUUGAAUUUUUAUUGCGAUAUAUAA